GAUCUUAGAGCGGAGAACAUGUGAGAGGGGAAUGGGAAACUGGAAACUGGAUUACAUUUUACAGAAAGACGCAAAAGGGGUUACGUUCAGGAUUUUGACAAGGCGCAGCGGCUCCGUUGAGUAGGUACCUAGGACAUCCCCGCGGCGGCCAGGGCGCUUUCAGCGGACACUGGGGGAAAAGAAGGACUAAUAUAGCCUACCAAAGAUGAACACAAUUGUGUUUAAUAAGUUAAGCAGCCAGGUUUUAUUCGAGGAGAAGGCGAAUGAGGUGGAAAGAAGCAGUCGAAAUUAUUUAGAGGUGAUAGAUGGACAGCAUCCGGACCUGCUCGCCAGCAGCCCAGUCCUCAAAGACAACUCAGUUAUCCGGCACAGGAGAUCCGGGUCUCGUCAGAACCCAGGAAAGGUACGGCAUAAACGGCAAGCUCUGCAAGACAUGGCCAGGCCUUUGAAACAGUGGCUCUACAAACACCGGGACAAUCCGUACCCCACUAAAACAGAGAAAAUCCUUCUUGCGCUUGGCUCACAAAUGACACUUGUGCAGGUGUCUAACUGGUUUGCCAAUGCUCGACGGCGGCUGAAGAACACAGUUAGGCAGCCUGAUUUGAGUUGGGCCCUUAGGAUCAAACUCUACAACAAAUAUGUCCAGGGCAACGCGGAAAGACUGAGCGUCAGCAGCGAUGACUCCUGCUCUGAUGAUGGUGACCCAGCAGCACGGGCCCAGGUUGGGGAGUUCAGCAAGCCAAUGUACCAGAGCGUCAUCAAGAAGGAAGGUGGCACUGUGGGUGCAGGUCUUCGAGCCGCUGCAGACGCCUCAUUGUCUGAUGACUACGUGUCGCCACCUAAAUACAAGAGCAGUCUGUUGCACCGUUACCUUAACGACUCGCUCCACCAUGUAAUGGUGGCCAACGGUGUAAUGGACGCACGGAGGAGGAACCACUCAGGCUCUUUCAGCUCUAAUGAGUAUGAUGAAGACCUGCUGUCACCAUCUUCUUCUGAAGCAGAAGCCAACUUUAUCUACAGAACUGAGACUUUGGAGCACGGAUCAAAUAAAUCUGACAGAAGCAUGCAGAAGGAGAAGGGACAGAGGAAAGAUGAGACAUACUGGAGGGAGAUCAACGCAGCCAUGGCCCUCACUAACCUGGCUCAACCCAAGGGCACGGCCACCGCUGCCACCACCAGCUGCAUCAUCCAGAAAUCCUCACACAUAGCUGAAAUCAAGACUGUUAAAGUGCCUAUCCUGCACAAAUACUAAUGCUCAGAAGAUGCCGCUCUUCUACUUUUGGAAUUCAGUUGGUUUGAAUAUUGUUUAUUACUUUGUGGUACUGAUAAAGAAUGAAUUUCUUUGGUUCGUUUGUUUUUAUUGUUAUUAUGAGUGCCCUGAAAUGCAGCACUUGUUUAGUUCACCGAUUUGUGCAUUUCCUUUGGGCCGCACAAGCUUUUUUUGAUAAGUGUUGAUGAAUUGUCAGUAACGACAGUAUUUCUGAACGAGACACUUUUGCAAUGUUAACUUAUUUUGAUAUUAAUCAGAAAUUUGUAUUGUAUCGCACCAAAGUGCCUUCAUGCAUCUCAAAGGAGAGCUUAGUGAGAAUGUACAGUUCAUGUCCUCGCUAAAUGAAAUAAAAGGGUUGUAACGACAGGAGGAGUGUGUAGCGCACUCUUCUCGCAGCCUACAGGAGCUGAUGACCUUGGCGCAAGUCACAAAGACAUGCACGUGAGCCUAAGGCCAUUUCUGCAUGUUUUGUCUUCAAAUCUCAUGUGGCUGUGACUAUGACAUUGUUUUGUCUCUAAAAUGGAAAACUUCAACUGUCACCUGCCAGCAAUAGCCGUGAGCAGAGAUAAGUUCAGUCAGCCAACAUCAAAUUCCAGGCCUUCCUUCCCAGCUAACAAGCAAUGUUCUCCAAACUUUGGCAACAAACGUUCUUACGGUAAUGUUAAAAGCACAUUUGUUCAUUUAUGUUGUCUUUAAUAACAUUAGCACAAAAACGUAAUCAUUCAUGGAAUGUUUCAUUUCUGAAAAGUUCUAGUUGCUAUUUGCUGCAAAACGUUCAGAGAACAUUUCUAUAAUGUUUGCAAAAUUGCAACGUUCCCUUAACGUUUGCAUAGCCAAAAAAUGACCUUUUUUAAUGUAAUGAAACGUUCUUUGAACAUGUUUUUGUUAGCUGGGUUAGUUUCUGCUUCCUCUCAUACACUCUCAGUUAUGCACAUUUCUCAGACAAACAAUGAGAAAGAGAGAGACAGACUUCAAGGUUUGGUCUGUAUCUGUUUGAGACGAGGACUGUGACCCAAAGGGAUAUUUAUGAAUCCAUUAUCAGUGCUAAACCGAAUGUGUUGCCUUCUCACGUUUCUACUCUGAACAAGGUACUUCAGUGGAAGCAGUAAAUGAUUUGGCCAGUCGUGUUUUACCCCCUUCUCUCUCUCAGAUGGUUAGAAUUACUCUCAAAUUGCUGUUUACAAGAAGUACGGGAGACACUUUUAUGUAAAAAAAAAAAAGAAGAAAAAAAACAAACCAUAGCAGUAUUACCACAUCUCUGAUUUAGUGAACGUUCAAACUUUUUUUGCAAUCUCCUUUUGGUUGUCCUGCGGUUUUAGCUCUUUUAGUUAGUGUUUUUGCCUUUGGUUCAACCAAGCUGUGUUAGUCUUGUAUUGACUGAAUGGAAAGAAAUGAUGUUCAAUGCAAAUGUUAUGUACAUUAGAGUUAGAGAAUUAAAAGCCACUUUUAGUGAGUGAGGUAACACUAUCUUAUGUUGGUUAUCUUUUUGUUUUGUUUUUGCUUGUGGUGAGAAGGCCAAAGAGACUUGUUCAAAAAGUUGCAUGCACUUAUCUGACUACACCCUCCUGCCUUUUUUCAGUAUUAAAAAUAAUACUCACAAACACCUACUGAGACUUUAAUUCAUAGGCACUAUGUCCCUGUUUUCCUGCUCAGCAGAGUAGUGUAGCACAUUUUUAGAAAAUGUCCUAACAAAACUGGGAAAAUGUAUGAUCUGAUCUGCUUUUGAAAUCUAAUUUUCCUUUCAUUUUUCAAAUCACAUGUGAAUCUCUUUUGGCCUUUGCAGAGAACAAAGAGAAGAGAAAGCAUCAAUCUGAGUUUUACUAAUUCUGUUUUUUUUUUUUAAUUCCCUUGCACACUCGGCUCUAAAGGAACCUGACAGACAAACAGCUAUUUUGUGCUCACUUUAGAACAUUUCAAAUGAUUCAAGACUGUACAAACAAACUUGUAAUAAUAGUCUGAUUUUUUUUUUAUUGUUAAGUUAUAUACUUUUUUUAUUUUAGAGACUGGAUGUUUAUCCAAUGAAGGAAUGCAUAAUAUCACAUUUAUUCUCUGAAAAGGACAAAACCUUGUUUACUUCAACGAAACAUUAAAUAAAAAUGUUUUUUUGAUGACAAGAUGUUGCUUGGUGUUUCAU